AGAAAACAUGCCAUUGCCAGCCCAAAAGAGCAGUAAUUAUAGGCAUGUUUCAGCUGAAGAAAAACUUUUAAAAGUUAAAAAAAAAAAACCUCUGCUGAUUGUGCGGCCAGGGAUUUUUGCUACCGGUCCUCCAAACCAGCAGCUGCCAUCGCUACCUAAUCGGGAGAGCCGCACCUGAUCACAAAGUCCGAGGUGGUGACAGUGGCAGCAGCAGUGGCUUCCCUACAAGGUGAGAAGAGGAGGAGCCCUCCAGCCCAAGGUGUAGCCCAGAUCUUCUCCAGACCAGGUGCAGGCCAGGGUGGGCUUGGCCUUCAUCCCUGCUUCUCUGGACGGAAGGUGGCUAGAUGGCUGCCAAAGCAUCCUCCCUCUGGGAGACCCUUUCCAGCAGCUUCUUGACUUGCACCAUUUGUCUGGGGCACUAUUGCCAGCCCAAAAUCUUACCCUGCCUCCACAGCUACUGCCAGGACUGUCUGAAGAAGCUGCUUGGUGGGUCAAAGCGGGAGCUGCGGUGCCCUGAAUGCCGUGAGCUGGUGCCUCUCCCAGCCGGCAUUGAAGGUUUGAAGUCCAACUUCUUCAUCAAUGGCCUCCUGGACUUGGUGCCUCCAGUCGAGAAGUCCAGGGCCACCUGCAGCCUGUGCCCGCUCAUUGGGCAAGAUGCCAGCUCUGUCGCUGUGUCUCACUGCAUCGAUUGUGCUGAUCACCUGUGUCAGGCCUGUGCCCGUGGGCACUGUUGCUCCCGGCUUACCCACAACCACCUUGUGGUAGACAUGGAGGCUUACCGCUCUGGGAAGUACAAUGAGGAAGUCCGGAAACGUCAGGCCUCACGCUGCAAAGAGCACAAGGAUGAAGACCUGCAGUAUUUCUGCAUUCCCUGCGCUGCUGCCCUCUGCCGGGAGUGCCGUCUUGGCCCUCACCUAGAACACCCAUCCCUGCCCUUGUUGGAAGCCGCCAAAGCCCGCCGUCCCAUCAUCACAGGCCUCUUGGCUGGGGUAGAGGAGAAGGUGCAGCUCAUCAUCAAGGGAAAGGCCAACCUAGAGAAAGAGAUAAAGGAGAUGGAGGUAUGGAACAUGAACAUCCGUAGUGUGGUAGAGCAGACGUGUGCCAAGGCCAUGGAACAGUUGCUCAGCCACAAGGGAAAGGUCCUGGGCCAACUCUCUGGCUACCUGGAGGAACGGAAAGAGGCCUCUCAGGUGCUGCUUUCUGAGCUGGAGUUCCAGGAGCAGGUGGCCUCCACCACAGUGGCCUUUGCCCAGAAGGUGCUGAAUCUGGGUCAAGAGGAAGAGAUCGUGUCUUUGGAACAGAUGAUCUCAGAGAGGCUGAAGCAGCUGCAGAGCUUCUCCUGGGAGACCCUCACCAUGCAGAUCCCCAAGCUCUGCAUCCAGCCAGACCUCCUCUAUGGCUGCAACCUGUUCCACCUGGAGUUUCAUGAGAAGGCCACAGCAACCACUCCAGGGUGCAACGUGGGGAACUCCACCAAACUGGCUAAGAAGAAAGCAAAGCAGAAGCAGCCCCAGGGAGCAGAAGGGGGGCAGGUCUCCAGACAGGAAAAGGCCCCAAAUGAAGAAAGCUCUGGACUGGUGGAAGUUGGUGGGCCUCCUUCCUCCAAUGGACCAGAGGUCCCCCGCUUGAUCCCGAAGCCUAUCUUUUUCUGCAGCUUCUGGGUGAAAGUCCCAACUGACAAGAAGAGGCCACAAAUCACGGGCUUGUGCCCACUUGGCUCCAACGAAAUUCUCGUGGCUGAUGAGCAGAACAAGAAGUUGAAGCGCUUCUCUCUGCAGGGCGAGUUCAAGGGCACGAUCCCGGUGCCGAGCAACGUGGCCCCAUUCAGCGUGGCUGCCAUGGGCAAUAAGGUGGUCUUCACCGCUGGAUCUCAGCUCUAUGUCUUAAAUGAAACAGGGGGGAUUAUAUGGCAAAAGGCACUCAAGGGGGGCCAGGCCAGCCACGCAGUGACCACCUGUGAUGGGAACUGUGUGGUCGUGUCUGUGGCAGGACAUCUGGAGGUGUUCAACAUGAAAGGACACCUCUUGGAGAAGAUUGUGCCAGAGGGCUCCCACGAGAGGUGCCUGGUAUUCCUGGGCAGAUGGAAAGAGGGAUUUGUGGCAUCUGACUGGUAUCGACGUAGUGUGGUGCUGCUCAACAGGAAUGGGGAUCUGGUGACCGAAUACCAGGAAGGGCAACUGAAGGAGUCUCAACCGGGCAGUGUCUGUGUUGAUGCCCCUGGGAUCGUCUAUGUGGUGCUUCGCGAGCUGAACAAGGUUGUGGCCUUUUCGGAGGCUGGGGAGGAGCUGGGAUCUUUUCUCACAACAGAGAACAACAUCUUCAAGCCACGAGUGGUCACCAUUGCCGGGGAUGGACAUUUUGUGGUAGCCCUCCCCAACGGCACCGUCCAUGUCUUUAAGAUCAAGUACCAGGGCAAGUGAACAGGGAAUAGGCCCUGGGGAUGGGGGUGGGGGUG